AUGUGGGUGCGGACAGCGCUGCUCUCUCUGCUGGCAUGCGUCCAGUGGGGCAACGCCUCGCCCUAUCGGGCGGACCUCGUCGACUACAACAUUAACACCAACCAAAACGCCCAGUCUCCACUCGAAUACUCUACCCCCCAACGCGCCAACUAUACUGGCUCCCCCGAAAACUGGCGUUCGGUCCCGUUCUAUACCAUCCUCCUGGACAAGUUCGCCGAUGGCGACCCGUCCAACAACGACUACUUCGAGACUAUGUACGAAUGGGACUGGCGGGAGACUCAGCUUCGCUUCGGUGGUGAUCUCAAGGGUUUGGUGUCGAAGUUGGACUACAUUCAGGGAAUGGGCAUGAAGGGUAUCUUCAUCUCGGGAACUCCGUUCAUCAACAUGUUAUGGCAAGCGGACAGUUAUUCACCGCUCGACUUCACGGUCCUCGACCCUCACUGGGGCACUCUCGCCGAUUGGCAGUCUACUAUCGACGAGAUUCACGCUCGUGGGAUGUACUUUAUGGCGGAUUUCACGGUCGGUACUAUGGCUGAUCUCAUCGGGUUCAAGGGGCAUCUGAACGAGUCGACUCCGUUUGACCUCGACGAGUACGACGGCGUGUGGAAGGACCCCACUAUCAUUCCUUGGGACUUCAACGAGUACAAGGAUUUCAAUAUCGACAACACGGUCAACAACUCCUGCGUGCUUCCUACUUUCUGGUCCGAUGACGGUGUCAUCCAAGAUAUCGGUCGGACUACUGGAUGCAGAAACUCGGACUUUGACCAGUACGGUGACAUGGAGGCGUUCGGUGUCCACCCCGACUGGCAACGUCAACUUGCAAAGUUCGCUUCCGUGCAGGACCGUCUGCGGGAAUGGAAACCCGAAGUGAUGGGGAAGUUGAAGGUUUUCUCAUGUCUCGCUAUCACCGCACUUGACAUCGACGCCAUCCGCAUCGACAAGUCCACCCAAGUCACCGUUGAUGCGCUUGCCGAAUGGGCAUCUAGCACCCGUGCGUGCGCAGCGAAGCUUGGCAAGAACAACUUCUACAUCCCUGGUGAAGUCACGGGUGGUGAUACCUUUGGUGCCAUCUACUUUGGACGCGGUCGUACUCCCACCCAGAAGCCCUUGGGGUUCCUCCCCGCAGCUAACCUGACCAAGGACAUGGACCAAUACUUCCUCCGCGAUGCCCCGCUCAACGCGCUCGACGGCGCCGCUUUCCACUAUUCGACCUACCGCUCUCUCAGUCGCUUCCUGGGUAUGGAUGGUAACCUGCAGGUCGCGUUCGAUGUCGACACCAACUUCAUCUCUGCGUGGAAUGAGAUGUUCGUGAAUGACGACUUCCUGAACCCCCACUCCGGCGACGUCGACCCUAGGCACAUGUUCGGCACGAGUAACUUCGAUGUCUUCCGCUGGCCUAGUUUGGAAAAUGGUACUCAGCGCAGCGUGUUGGGGACGUUUAUCACGAACCUGAUCAUGCCCGGCAUUCCCUUGUACUUCUAUGGAGAAGAGCAGAACUUCUAUCUCUUCGAUACCGGUGCCUCCAACUACCUUUACGGUCGUCAAGCGAUGAUCAGCAACAAGGCUUGGCAGCGACACGGGUGUUACUCUCUCGGGUCGGACCAGUACUUCAACAUGCCCAUGGGCAAGGCCCUCCUCGGCUGCCACGACGACUGGAACUCCUUGGACCACUUCGAUCCCACCACGGAUUCGCGCCGCAUCUUCUCGCAAUUCCUGUCUCUUCGGACGCAGUUCAGCUCGCUUCAGGAUGGUUUCAAUCUGGUGCAGCGUGGUAACUGGACAUACUACAUCGCGCGGCCUGGUUCGAACAACACGCUUACGGAGAUGGGUCUGUGGUCCGCUUCGCGCGCUCCUAUCAGUGGCGUUCAGGUGCUCCCCGGUAACUCCGAUCAGGUUUGGUUGCUCUACACGAACGAGAACCAGACCAAGACGUGGUCGUACGACUGCAAGGGCAGUCUCUGGAUUUCGUCGCCAUACCAGAGCGGCACCCAGGUUCGCAAUCUGUUCUACCCGUACGAGAACUACACGCUGUCCGACUCGGGCUCGUCCUACUUCAACGACGGCAAAGCGCCGUGGUACGGUUGUCUGGACUCGUUCACGAUGGAUCCAUUGGGUUUCAAGGCGCUGGUCCCGAGCGACCAGUGGGUCGCUCCCCCACCGAUGCUCACCCGGUUUCUCCCUGGCCACGACGCUCGUAUUCCAGUCACGAAGGAUCAAACGAACGCGACCACGCUCGAUAUUACGCUGGAGUACAACACCCCGAUGCUGUGCGACAGUAUCACGAAGGCGAUCACCUUCACCAUGGUCGGAGGCGGUUCUGCGCCUACCCUCUCCAACGCCAAGUGUUCGGCGCUCACCAACGUCCCGGCACCGCGUAUUCCUGGCGUGUCGGUCUCGCAGUAUCAGUGGACUGCUACGCUUCAGGACUUCCCAGACGGUAUCCUUCAGAUGACCAUCACGAACGCGCAGACCCAGGCCGGUGUGUCUACCAACGUUACCGAUCACUUGCUGCUCCGCAAGGGAUUGGCGGACAACGUCAUGGUCUUCCCUGAGUCUGACUACGACGCUUCUGCGCUCAGUGUCUCGGGAGAUACGUACACGUUCACGCACAAGGCCCUCGGCGCGGACAAGUUCCGCUACUCUGCGAACUUCGGGAAGAACUGGACGACAUGGCAGGAUUACGAGGCUACGACCACGCUCGACACCUCGCUCUUCAAGGAUUCCGGCAACUUCUGGACUGGCGACCACGUCAUGGUGCAAUACUGGAGCGACCUUGCUAAGUCGGCGAGUGUUGUCGUGCAUGCGGACCACAACUACAACACCCCUCGUCGUGUUCCUCAACUUCUUGCACGUGGUCCCUUCAACGAGUGGGGCUUCGACAGGGGUAUCACCGCCGACAUGACGCACAAGGACGACGGCACUUGGGAGCUCGAGAUCAUGGCAAGCUGGCCGACCUACGUCCAGCUCAACGUGUUCGGGUACGACAACUACUACUACGGAGACAGCGACGGCGACGGUGUCCUUGACCGUCUGCCUCCCAACACCGCUGCUCCGAACUACCUGAACUUGUCAGCUCCUCCCAAACCCCAUCUCGCGUGGGCUCUUGUUGUCGACGAUGCGACCAUGACCUGGUCUCUGGAACCCCGUGGCGAGUCGAUCAUCGGCGCUAUCACUUACGCUCUCCUGCUCUCCAUCCCCCUCAUCACCGGUGCGCUCGCUGUUGUCAUCUUCAUGUGGUCGUUCUACGGUAUCAAGUACAACCAGUGGGGUGUUAAGCCGAACAAGGACCACAGCAGCUACUUCCCGAUCCUCGGAAGUUUGGGCAACAAGUCGACCACCAACGUUAAGGACGCGACGCCGUUCUCCGAGAAGGUCUUCGGGCACCACAAGCACCAGGAUAUCAUCGGCUGGCCUGAGGACAAGGACAAGCGUCGCACUGUCCUAAUCGCGACGCUCGAGUACGAGAUCAUCGACUGGAAGCUCAAGGUCAAGAUUGGUGGUCUGGGUGUCAUGUCGAGUUUGAUGGGUAAAGCCAUGACGGACGUCGACCUCAUCUGGGUUAUCCCCAAGGUCAAGGAUCUCGAGUACCCUCCUGGUGACCCCGCGGACCCUAUCGAGGUCAUCAUCUUCGGCGAGCCGUACCUCAUUGAGGUGGAGUACCAUGUCCUGGACAACAUCACCUACGUUAUCCUCGACAGCCCCGUCUUCCGCGCUCAGACCAAGGCCGACCCGUACCCCGCUCGCAUGGACGAUCUCAGUUCCGCCAUCUUCUACUCGACGUGGAACCAGGCCAUCGCUGCCACUGUCCGUCGCUUCCCGCACAUCGACAUCUACCACGUCAACGACUACCACGGUGCUCUCGCCCCUAUCUACCUGCUUCCCAAGGUCCUACCCGUCUGUCUCUCUCUCCACAAUGCUGAGUUCCAGGGUCUCUGGCCGCUGCGCACGAAGGAGGAGAUGAAGGAGGUCUGCUCGGCGUUCAACAUCAGCAAAGAGCACUGCACGAAGUACGUGCAGUUCGGUAACACGUUCAACUUGCUCCACGCUGCGGCCUCGUUCAUUUCGGUCCACCAAAAGAGUAUCGGUGUCGCCGGUGUCUCGGACAAGUACGGCAAGCGCUCCUGGGCUCGUUACCCCGCUCUCUGGACUCUCAAGCACGUCGACUCCCUGCCCAACCCGGAUCCUACGGAUAUCGCUGCUCUCGACGAGAACCCGAUCGCCGUCCGCAACAUCCAGAUUGAUGAUGCCGCAGAGGCAGAGCGCCCCGAGCACAAGCGCCAGGCGCAGGAGUGGGCUGGUCUCAAGCAGGACCCGGACGCCGACUUGUUCGUGUUCGUCGGUCGUUGGUCCAAGCAGAAGGGUGUCGACUUGAUCGCCGAUGUCAUGCCUUCGCUGCUCGAUAAGCGUCCUUCUAUCCAGCUCAUCACCGUCGGCCCCGUCAUUGAUCUUUAUGGUCGCUUCGCUGCUGAGAAGCUCGCGCGUCUUAUGGAGAUGUACCCCGACCGAGUGUACUCGAAGCCGGAGUUCACUGCCCUGCCGCCAUACCUGUUCAGCGGUGCUGAUUUCGCGCUGAUUCCCUCUCGUGAUGAGCCGUUCGGUCUAGUCGCAGUCGAGUUCGGUCGUAAGGGUGCCCUCGGUGUUGGUAGUCGUCUUGGUGGUCUCGGUCUGAUGCCUGGUUGGUGGUUCCCUGUCGAGUCUACAUCCACGGAGCACAUGAUGUCUCAGCUCACAAAGACGAUCAAGAUGGCACUCAAGUCCACGGAGGAAGAGCGCGCUAUGUUGCGCGCACGCUCCGCCGUCCAGCGAUUCCCGGUCGUCGAGUGGCGUCAGCGCACUGAGGACUUCCACCGUCGCAGUAUCGGCAUGAGUCGUUCGAUUGCUGGCCCCAACGCUUGGCGCCCGUCCGACGCGGCGUUCAACCCCUCUGGCCACAACUUGCACGAGACCACGGACUGGAACCCCGAGUUCCAGGCGUACCCGUCGCAGCCCGAUUGGGACAGCCGUAGCAUGGUCGAGAGCCCGAGAGUCAGCACCCCUGGCUCUCCCGGGCAAUGGAGUGUGGACACGUACACGCCUGGCACGCACGAACCUCACCUUGCGGCACCUCGCCUCCUUCCUGACGGACGGAGAGGCUCUGUGAGCACGGACAUCUCUGACAACGAGGGCGACUACUUUGCGACCACUCCCAGUCCAGGUGGUGGUACGCCUGGAGAGACUCGCCAGGACUUCGGCAACUUCUUGGAGCGCGCUAACAAGACCAUCGCGAAGGACCAGAAGCAUGCGCCGGAUCCGUUCUUGGACCCUGCGCCGUCGAGGCCGUUCGGCGCCCACUCUCGCGUAUCGUCGGUCGAAUCUAUUGCAUCUAUCGUUGACGAGAAGCAGAACUCCCCGCUCAACAAGGCCAUUGCUUCGUUCACGGAUUCGGAUGGAGGAGUUGCACAGGAUUUCGUGCAGCGGCUGCAGGUUCUCAACGCGCACAACUCGAAGCACGAGCUCUCUAUCGAGAAGUUCCUGAUGAAGAGUGAAGAGGCUUUCUUCGACAAGGUUAAAAAGGACAAGCUUUCCAGCGCUGCGAGUGUUCGUUCGUCCCAGCGCGACUCCGUUUGGGGCACCCCUGCACCGUCCACCUUCGACCACUCGCGCCCCUCGUCACCAAGCACCUUCAGUCCUAGUGUGGGUAUCAAUGGCGAGUACAGCGGUCCUCUCCCCAACGGCCAGGACGUUGUCGUUAUGACCGGGUUGCAAAUCGCUCUCUCGCGCGAAGUCUUCGGCUGGCCCCUGUACACUAUCAUCAUCGCCGUCGGACAGAUGUUGGCCGCAACGAGUUUCCAGAUCACGCUCCUCGGCGGACAGGCCUCGCAGACAAACUUGCAGCUGUACGUUCUUGGUGGUGUGUUCCUGGCCUCGUCCAUCGUGUGGUACUUCCUGUUCCGCAUGAAGCCAUCCGUCUACGUCCUCUCGGCGCCUUGGGUCUUCUUCGGUAUCGCGUUCCUCCUCAUCGGUCUUCCCUCUGUUGUCCACCAGCUGCACGACGCACACGUCGCGCUUGCAAGUGCCGCGACCUGGGCGUACGCCAUCGCAUCCGCAGCGGCGUUCUGCUUCUUCGGUCUCAACUUCGGAGAGGAAGCCGGUGCCGCUACGGAAGUCUGGAUGAUGCGCGCCUGCAUCGUCCAGGGCUCGCAACAAGUCUGGGUCGCCGCGCUGUGGUACUGGGGUUACAACCUCGACACCGUAGCGGCGGACAACAUCUCGCCGUGGUGGAUCUGCCUCAUCGUCUGGCCAUUGGCGGUGAUGAGUUUCCUGUUCGCGUACCUUAUGCUCUACGGUCUGCCAGACUACUACCGCCAGACUCCCCCGAAGGUACCCAACUUCUUCCACACCCUCUUCCGCAGGAAGAUCGUGUUGUGGUUCCUCGGCUCCGAGAUUCUGCGCGACUACUGGCUGAGCGGACCCUACGGACGGAACUGGAGCUUCCUGUGGAACGUGCCCAUCGUCAAGUGGCAGAUCGCGCUCCUCGUCGUCGCCUUCUUCAUCGGCGUCUGGGGUCUCAUGAUGGGCAUCCUCACCUGGCUCAGCAAGGUUCAUACCUGGCUCCUGCCCGUCUUCGCUGUCGGCCUCGGUGCACCUCGUUGGUGUCAGAUGCUGUGGGGCACGUCCUCCCUUGCGCUGUACAUUCCCUGGGCAGGCCACGCGGGCCCGUACCUCGGCGUCUGCCUCUGGUUGUGGCUCGGAGUGCUCGACGCGGUGCAGGGUGUCGGACUGGGCAUGAUCCUGCUCCAGACGCUCUCGCGACUGCAUGUAUGCGCAACGCUCGCGCUCGCGCAGAUCAUCGGUUCGAUAUGUGUCAUGGUCGCACGUGCGACCGCACCGAACCGUGUCGGCCCCGAGAGCGUGUUCCCCGACGCGGCGCAGUGGGACUUCGAGGAUGGCCUCAAGGGCAGCCCGCUCGCGUCCGCGCCGUUCUGGAUCGCUCUUAUCUGCCAGAUCAUCAUCGUGAUCGGGUACUUCUGGUUCUACCGUAAAGAGCAGCUUGCUCGCCCAUGAUCACGACCUUAUAGACCUUGCAUACGCACGCGGACAGUUUCGUUACUAUUCUACACGGUCAUCAUACAUAGCGCACGGACUUCGGGAGUUUAGAUAUCGGCGGACUUGUACUCGCACGCGAUCGGCGUGGUCGCUGCUACACCCAUACACACAACACACUGACUCACGCUCCCUACCACCUGUGUCAUAGGCUAGAUAUAUCUUGCAUAAUGCCGCACACGUGCGGCGAGCAAUUUUUUACACUCUCAC